CCUCAAAAAAACCCAAACCUCCUGUGGCAACGUCCGAUAUGCACCCAACCCACCGCCAACAACCAACUUCCUCAAACCAGCCUUCACAUACCCCGGCACCUCCCAAACGUCCUCCGUCAACAUCCCAACCGGCAUCCCCACUCCCCAGAUCCUCCGACAGUAGAACGCCAACCCAAACGGCUUCCCCGCCUGCAGAAACCCCUCGAUCUGCGCGUCGACCGCCUCGAUCGUCUCCGCCGCGCUCAGCGUGCGGGUUCCAUGCCGCUCCGUCAGCGCGGCUGCGAUCUCGUCACCGGUAGGCCGGAGCUCCGAGAGCGUGAGCGUGCGGUUUUUCAGCUGGUCGAGCGGUGCCCUGAUCGGCUUGAGAUAACAACUACCGUACUGACCCACCUUCCUUUUGCCAAGAACUAUUUCAUACUUAAAGAAGCUGUCCAAAGUCUGCUUUGGAGUACGUACCCCACGAGCGAUAUGCUCACCGAUGCACCAUCAACUCAAACGAACCAGGUCUUCUUUCAACUUGCUCGAUACUCAUAUAUGAUCUGUCUCAGCCUUUCUCCAUU